UUUGCAAAAGAUUUUUUGCCUCAAAAUGGCAAUUAUCCAGGGUGUGAAUUUCAGAAUAAUUGUAUGGCAGAGCUUACUCUUCAAUUGGCAAUAAUAUUAAUUGGCAAACAAACAGUUGGUCACAUUCGAGAAGUUUAUAUUCCAAGAUCAACAAUUUCGAAAAAUAAUAGCAAAAGGGACAUGUACAAAAACAAAGAAGUUCCACAAUGGGCUCAAGAUGAUAGUUUAACCAAACCUAAUAAUGUUAGAGUUGAAUACGAGGAAAUGGUUAUACAAUUUGGUUUUCUUGCACUGUUUGGAAUAGCAUUUCCUUUAGCUCCUGUGUUUGCAUGUAUUAAUAAUAUGAUAGAAAUCAGAUCAGAUGCUAUAAAA